CCCCGAGCGGCCGGGCCGGACCCCGCCAUGCUGCCCGCCCGCGGCCCGCAGGCCAUGGGGGCAGCGGCCCCCGCCGCCCUCUACCGCUACUGCAGCGCACCGCACGCCCUGUCCGCCCGCCCGGCCUACCGAGCGCCGCCGGAAGCCGCCGAGCCAGAGAAGGAGCGUUACCUAAACCUCAUGUUCGACAGGAGGGUGGUGCGUGGCAACACCUACGCCCUUCGAGUCACGCCUGUGAGUACCCAGCCCGAUCCCCUUGAGAUUCGAAGGCGGAGGGAAGCAUGGAAGAGAGCACUGGCUAGAAAGCGUGCAAAAGAGCAGCUGGAAAUAAGAACACCUGAGCCUGUGGAAGGCAGAGAGCACGUUGAAGUGCAGACAGACCGGUAUUUGGAAGAGAUUAGUGACCAGAUAAUAGAGGUUGAUAGAGAGUGUCAAACAGAUGCAUUUUUGGAUAGACCACCCACUCCACUCUUCAUACCAGCCAAAUCAGGAAAAGAUGUGGCCACAGAAAUAGGAGAAGGAGAGCUUUUUGACUUUGACAUUGAAGUCAAGCCGAUCAUGGAAGUGUUGAUUGGGAAAACGAUUGAGCAAGCUUUGCUGGAAGUGAUGGAGGAAGAAGAGCUGGCCCAGCUGAGGGCACAUCAGCGUGCCUAUGCAGAGCUGCGGAACGCAGAGCUUGCUGAAGUACAGCGCCUGGAAGAGCAGGACAGGAGAUACAGAGAGGAGAAGCAACGUCGCAAACUCCAGCACAUGCAAAUGCUGCAGAAACAGAAAGAAACCACAGAGAAAAUUGCAGCUCGGGCAUUCACUAAGCAUUACCUGUCUGAUCUCAUUCCCUCUGUUUUAAACAAUCUUCGUGAGAGUGGUUUUUUCUAUGAUCCUAUACAAAGAGAUAUUGAGACGGAAUUCUUUCCAUGGCUGAUGACAGAAGUGGAAGAAACACUAGAGAAGAAGGUUCUGGGGAGAACAAUGCUUGACUCCUUGAUUCGUACAGUGGUUGAAAAACGCUUAGAUGCAUUUAGCCAUAAACCUCUGUCUGAGAAGACAGAGGCACCUGCUGAAGAGCCCAAGCUAACAGAUGCAGCACCCCAGGUGGCUGGUAAGGCAGAUGUGGCUGACCAAGCACAAGCAGUCACAGAGGAAAAAGAGAUUGACCAACCUGUUUCUGAGGACCAGCCUUCACAACAGAUCUCUUUCCAGUCUGAAGAAGCAGAUCAAGCAGAAACAGAGGAUCUGAAAACUGAGUAACCAGCAGGCAAGUCAUCAAGUACAGGGAGAUGAAUGGCUUAGCUGAAAGAAGAAAGGAAUUCCUCUCUAUUUACAAGUAUUGUGCCCUAGCCAUGCUGAAGGAUGAAGCUAAGCAAAGGUAAACCAUUAAAGUAUGUUUUCCAUAUGUGGAGAUUGCUCAUUUCAGGCUGUAAGAAUCAAGAGAGAGGUUACUAGUGCAUUGAAUGGCAAUGAAAUUCUAUCCCCUUCUGCACAAUCCAAUCCAUCAAAAACCCGGAAUGUUCAUAGUUGAAAAAUAAUGCUGUUCCACACCCCGUGCUAGAAGGUCAUCAGAAGGACACUGAGAGCAUCCUAAUAAACUUUGCAAGUGCUUUGAUAACAUUCUCAGAACAGAGUUUCCUUACUUUCCCUAUUUGGGAAGAUAGCUGCUUCAGCACAUAGAUACAUUUCUUUUCACUCAUGUUCGUCUCUCCUUUCCUGGCAAACGUGGAUGGGCAUCUCAGCAGGUAUCGGAGCAAAGGCUCUUAUUCCUGAAGUUCUUCACGUUCAAAGAUUUAUCUGCCACUGGAAAUUUCUGCCAGUGCAAAAUCCAUAGCCUUCUGACUCCCGGAGGAGUGGUAAGGGGCUGAAGCCACACCCUAAGUCUCAGUUUUCUUCAUAAUUGUCCUUUCCCACUGGUUCACUGGAAAUGGUACUGGACAUGACUGACAAAACACAGCUGAACUGCCACGUGUAUCUGUCAGUUCACAGGCCAAUUCCACAAGUGGGCCAUUCCCCCUCAUAAAAGUAUAUCUGCACUACUCCUGUUUUUUAUUUGAUUGCUCGAAAUUUUACUUAAGUGUUGAAUUAUUCUGUUUAAAUAGGUUGUGGCAUUAUGUUUUCUUAAAUUAUUAUUAAAAAAAUGAAUUGCA